UCUGUCACUUCAGUGCACUUUAGUCAAUCAGUUAAGUUGACAUUUCCGUUGCUUCCGUAACUUGCUUGAAACGUGAUAAUUGUAAACUUUUGCCUGUAUUUUUAUCCCAAUAAUCAGUUUUAACUCAUCCAAGAAAGUUACAGAUUGUUUUUCUUGUGAAAUGAUUAUGGCGGCGAGGUGACCUUUGGAAGUACCGAAUGUUCACAAACAAGCAAGGACUCCUUCACUGAUACCUUGUUUUGUGAUGGAUGCGCCUUCACCGGUGUGAGGGGUGCCUUGCGGCGUGCGGGCGGGAGGGCCGCGCGGCGCCGCUUCCAGUUCUCACUAGGAACAAACUGUUGAAACGAGCGAGACAUUCGCCGUACUCGCCGCCUAUGAGCAAUCAGAACUCCAACAUGGCGGAGCCAGCGCCACCUACACCCCCCGACAACAACACGCCACCGAUGCCCUGGUUCGGUAUGGACAUCGGCGGCACCCUCACUAAGUUGGUGUACUUCGAGCCGCGCGAGACGAACCGGCGCGAACUGGACAAGGAGACCGAGGUGCUGAAGAACAUCAGGCGGUACCUGACCAGGAACUCGGCGUACGGCAAGACAGGACGCCGCGACGUUCACCUUCAGAUGGACAACGUGACGAUCCGAGGAAGGCGCGGCACGCUGCACUUCAUAAGGUUUCCCACGUCGGAGGUGGGCGCCUUCCUGCAGCUGGCGCGCUCCAAGGGCAUGGCCGACCUGGUGAAGACCAUAUACGCGACCGGCGGCGGCGCUUACAAGUUCGAGGAGGAUUUCAUUAAGGAAGUGAACAUGCGCCUGUCGAAGAUGGACGAGCUGGACGCGCUGAUAGCUGGCGUCCUGUUCUCCGACAGCAUGAACUCGCACGAGUGCUACUACUGGGCGCCCCCUGACGAGCAGCCCGUGCACCAGUCCUCCACCGAUUCCCCGCCGUACUCGGAGGCGGCGCUCAGUAUGUACGUGCGGAAACCGUUCGACUUCUCCAGCCCGUACCCGUUCCUGCUGGUGAACAUCGGCAGCGGCGUCUCCAUGCUGGUGGUGAACGCGCCCGACGACUACUACCGCGUCAGCGGCACCAGUCUUGGCGGUGGGACGUUCCUCGGCCUGUGCUGCCUGCUGACCGGCUGCAGCAGCUUCGAGGAGGCGAUCUCGCUCGCCGCCUCCGGGGACAACACCACCGUCGACAAGCUCGUCCGCGACAUAUACGGCGGGGACUACGCGAGGUUCGGCCUGCCCGGGGAUCUGGUCGCUAGCAGCUUCGGUCACAUGUGCUCGGCGGAGCGUCGUGCGAAGGUGUCCCGCGAGGACCUGGCGCGCGCCACGCUCGUCACCAUCACCAACAACAUCGGCUCCAUCGCGCGGCUGUGCGCCUGCAACGAGGACAUCGAGCGGGUCGUGUUCUGCGGCAACUUCCUGCGAGUGAACCCGCUAUCGAUGAAGCUCCUCUCGUACGCGAUGUCGUACUGGUCCCGGGGUGCGUUGAAGGCGCUCUUUUUGGAACAUGAGGGUUACUUUGGUGCUGUAGGCUGCCUCCUGAAUUUAGAUAUGAAACGACAGAAGAAACAAAACGCAGCGAGGAAUUCAUGCGAGCCCGAUCAGGAGAGAUGAGCAAGUCGCUGCUGAAGUCUGUCUCGGCCGAAACGUGGCUGUUUGCUGUGAGGAGAGGAUGGUAACGUAGGUAAACUAAUCUGGGGGUCACCUGUGAUCGGCAGUAUAACCAGUUAUAACAAGAUAUAACUAGUUAUAAUUAACUAUAACCCAGCUAUAACUAGUUAUAGCUGGUUAUAGUUAUUUUUAUAUUUUUGGUCACAGUUCCAUGUUAUAGCCAGUUUAAAGGUGGCGCUAUAUUUGUAAUUUAUUGGCUGAAUUUUAUUUUUAAAUUCAGUUAAAAAUAAAAACAUAUUUUGUUAACAAUGCUAUAAUAUAUGCGUAAGAAAUUAAUUUUGUGACCAAUACUGUUAGUGCAAUAAGCCCCCGUAUUCGUAGGUUUUUAAAUAUUACCAAAUUUUGUUUGUGUCUCAAAAAAUCCGCAUAAAAGUAGACUUUAGAAAAGAAAGUAUGUACUUUGUUUUGUAUGAUUUGAGUUUAGACAAAGAAUUUUUUUAGAUAUAGACUUGAGAUAAGGGUGAAUUAAUUUUAUUGUUAAUUUUCAUCGCGUCGUUUUUUCUGCGCAUAAAUUUCUCAUCGUAUCUCUUACAAGUAAAGUCUUACUUAUAAAGUCGUAUCUUCACUACGCUUGGAAUAUUUCACAUAUAACUGGUGAAAUAUCAUACGCUAAGUGAAAUCAUACGUCACAACUGUUAUUUAAACUGUUAUAUAGACUGUUAAAAAUCACUACAAAUGAAAUCGCUGAUACUAGAUAUUUAGAUAUAAAAUUUCACUACUAUUGCCACGCUUGCCAGACGGUUUGGCAUAGGGACUCAUGUCGAGUUUUCCUUCUCUUUUAUUUUAGAUUUUUUUCUGUUGGCUUAGCUGCUUUUUAAGGUAUUUCGGUGAUAAAAAGAAAUGAUGUUCAGCAGUGGAUAGUUAAUGGUUGACAAGAGAAUGACGAUGAUGAUGAUGAGAUUCAGAAAGCAUGAUGCUAUUUUAUUAUUGAUGAUGUAUUUUUACACUAUCACCAUACCGAGAUUCUGUAACAUAUUUAUGAAAAAUGUAUAAUAAAUUGUACUAGGAAAAAUAUUUUAAAAAGUCAUGAAAAACAUAAAUAAAUAAUUGAAGUAAGUAGGGGAAUAAUAGGUGAGAAUAAUUACAAUUACAAGCGGCAAAAAGGCGCGAAAAUAUCCAGUUAAUGGGAAGAAAAAUAAUGUCAUCAAAAUUUUUUUUAAAAGUGAGAAAAGUUUAUAAUAAAUAGGAAGAGAAAAGUCGCAGAAGUGAUCUUAAUAAUAAACUAAUAUUCAACACGCGGGAACUAUAUAUUUAAACCCAAAUCCAUUUUAAUAAAAAUUGUAAUCUCCUACAAAGGAAAUCCCUUUUAUGGGAUAAGUCCGCCAUUGUACUCAUUCUUUUUUCUAAGAACUUUGUCCUAAAAGAAUGAGUUUUUAUCCUAUAAUUUAAGACUUUACGGUACAAUAGAACAAACAAGCAAACUUUAACUGUUACAGUGUUUUGUCACUUUCAUUCAAAUUGAGAAUUUAGCCCAAAAGAAAGGGACGAAACAAUUAAAUAGCUAAAAUAUAUUUGAGGUUUAACGAUUUAUGAAUAAGGGGAUUAAUAAAUUAAUUAAAGAGGGAAGAAAAUCCGAACAAAAAUCCAAUAUCUAUUGAUAAAGGCGCGAAAAACCACGAGAUGAAAAUUCGCAGUGGAGUUACUCCUUCUAAUUGUAGACUGUUUUGCAAGAAUUCCUUUAUGUACUUGAAUGAGAUGUACUUGGACUAAAAAAUAAAAUUAACUUCAAUUGCGUCGACAUUUAUUUCUAAUGUCGACAUUUGUCAAACUUAAAGCUGUAUGAUAUUGUAACCUUUGCCUGCUUACAUUGCAAAUUAAAAAAAAACAUUAUAGAUAGUACAUUAUCUAUGGUAAAAAGAACGCGCUGAUAUUUUGAAUUUUAAAUAAAAUUUUAUUAUUUUAGUCCAAUGAAAGUGUGGAAACCAAGGUUUGAUGCCAAUAAAUUUAACUUUAUUUACACAUAACCGCUAAGUGUAAGGGGGAUGGAGGAUAAAUCGUUAUUGUUUUACAUCUCUCUCUAUUUAUGGCUAUUCCUAUUGGGGUGUAAGCGAGAUGGAAGACAUGUGUAUGUUCAAAUUUAUUGGCCUGAAGUCCUAUGAUUGUUUGUUUGGAAGUUUCUUAAAUGAAACUUGUUUUAGUUAUUCAUUAUGUUGAUAAUACCGGUCGGUAUGUAUGCCUUACAUUUAAAAACGAUGCUAAACUCUGCACGUAAAUUUUAUAUAAUUCAAAAUAAUACAAAAAAAAAAAAUAAGGCGUAACAAUGUUGCUAUGCAAACCAAAAUGGCUGAGUGUUAGUGUUUCCUUUGCGCAAAUUAUAUUUUUAAUUGUGUUUUAGAUUUUUUUUUUUUGUGUUUUUGUAUGAAUUCUUUUUGCGUAUGACGCAAUAUCUCGCCUCGAUUAUAAUCUCUGGUCGGAGAAAGAAAAAAUUAAAGGUAAUUUUUAUAAGAUUUUGUAAUAUUUUAUAAUUUAAACUCGAACAUCCGAUCAGUUUUACAGUUUUACCAAUUAUAUGUUCCUUUGUCAUGUUUCGUAGCUUUUUUUUCUAAGUGAUAUCUCUUUACUUAAAAAAAAAAGUUUUGUCUUAAAAACAUUUUGAAUUUAGAAUUACAGAAUAAAAAUAAAAGUAUCUCGUAUUUUAUCUUAUUUUGUCGAAGCCAAAGCCUUUUUCUUCACAUUUGAUUGCUUUUAAUUUUUUUUUAAGUUAUUUAUUAUAAUUAAUUUGGAAAUAAAAAAAAAUAUUAAGACAGAGCCAGUGGAAAAAGACGAGAAAUUUAAAUUAUUUACGUUGGUCAACACGUUUUGUUAAAUCUACAAUGUUGGUAAAACUGUAAGUUUGUAAUUCGUCAUAGUGGUAGAAUACCGACGGAUCUAUAUAUGUAAUAUUUGUCAGAUCCGUCAGUAUUCUACGACUGUGACGAUAUGUCUGUUAUAAUUUAUUGAAUUUAUAUAAUUAUGGUUAGGUAUUUAUUAUUCCGUCACAUAAGUUUGGCGUUAAUCGGUUUUAAAUUAAAAUGAACCUUCUAUAUGUACUAUUUAGGAUCAAAUUAGCUUAACGUAACUAGCUAUUUUGCUAAUGAAAGUUCAUAUAAUUUUUUUAUGGCCUGCGCAAACGAAAGAGUACUUUUAGUGCCUUUUUUUUUUCAAUUAAAGACAGGAGAGGUAUUUUUAAUAUACAACGUCAUCGCUUCUGAGAGUCUAGACUCAAUAAUAAUAAUAAAUCAUCCCAAUCGUUAUGUCGGUGAACGGUCUUAUCCCAACCAGUCUGGAACAACAUCUCAGACGGUUGGGAUUCCGAGGCGGCUCACUCCCGGGAAAGAUGCAGAAAGCGGUGCUCUUAGAUUCUGCCCGCAUUGUACGCCGGUUUCUCUCCCUGGGGCACUGAACCCCGGCCGGCUGUGCUUCUGCCGGGGGCUAGUUGCCAUCUCCUCUCCUUAAGAGGGAAGAUGAGAAUUUUAGUAAAAUUCAAAAAAUAAUAAUAUUUAUUUAAUCAGACUACAUAAGGCCCAUUUUGUUAGUUAUAAAUUGACUUAACCUAUGUUAGUAAAUGAGCGGUCGUAACGCUCUCGCAUUGAUAACCUGUCCCACCCAAUAUUUUACGAUGGGACAGUCCAUUUUGUCAGCAAUUGUCUUCAGGACACUGUUUGAGCUAACACGCACCCUGCCCAACAGCGAAACAAUUCGCUUGCGCCGUAUUGCGUAGUAUAAUAUCGUGCUAAAUAUAUUAGUGAAUGAUAGACACGUUAUCGCUACCGCAUGCACGAGACAGAAUGAGACAGCAGGACCCAACGUCUUACUGUACUAUGUAUACAUAUCAAACAAAUGAGAACACAAAGAUGAUAGUCUUCUAUAUAUAUAUUCUUUAUUGCACUUGUAACUUACAUAUAAAAUAAUGUAUUUAUAAAUGUUGUGAGCAAGGGUGGACUUAUCUCUGACAGAGAUCUCUUCCAGUCAACGCAGUACAGUGAGAAAGCAUGUCGUUAGCGAGCAGCUGAAGUGCUACAACUAUUAAUACAUAAACAAAUAUACAGUUCAAUAAAAUAUUAAAAUAUAUAAUAAAAUAUUACAUAAAUACAUAUAAUACCGACCUACUUAUAUAAUAAAUGUUAAAAUAAAUGAAUAUACUACUUACAUUAGAAAUUUCGUUUAAUGAUUUUAAGACUUGACAGUUCAAUUAGGAAAAUACAAAAAAAAAUAUUACUCAAAGGAAAGACAAAUGUAUAAUGCAAAUAAAUUGUAUUCAUUUGGCAAAAUUCGCUUUUCUUAUAAAAAAAAAAGGUUAAUAAUCCGAAUUGUGAUGUUUGUAACACAUUGGAUGAUGUUCACCAUACGAUAUCCGAAUGUACGAAAUACAAAACACAAAGGCAAGUAUUGAUACAGUAAUAUAGUCUCAAUAGACGGGAGAUUGGUUUGUUUUCAAAUAUAUACGCAGAGCCACACUCCAGAAUGGCGAAAUCUUUAAUUACUAUAUUUUUGUAUCAAUAAUUCCCUUUAUGAAAAUAGACUACAUAGAUAUUAUGUAUUAUUUAUUUAUGUAUCAAUGUUUCAAGUAUGUGAGUUGUAUUUUAUAAAAUUAGGGCACGAUGAGGCCGACAUAUCCUUAUAGGAUAAAAGCCUCUAAAUAAAAAAAGAUAAAAAAAAAUAUAUUCAUUUAUUAAAAAAAAAAAUUUUUUUUGCAACAGUAUCGUUUACGCGGGCCAUUUAAAAAUAAAUCUUUUUAAUCGCUCAACUUAAGUGCCGGUUGUAACUCGAGUAUUUUAUACGGGGACGGUUAUUUUAGAUAGUGUGUGAGUGCCCUAACAUUCGCUCCGCGGUACAACAGUGUACAGGUGCCUUUAUGAACCUGAUCGUCGGGGGGUAGGUCUGAUGGUUUCCAUGGGGACCGUGAGGAGGUUGACCUGUUAAUAUUGCUAGCAAUGGCACUGGUAGUCCGCAUUACUAACAGUGCCUCCCCUCUCUAUUGAUAGUAUCUUCUCCUAUGAUGGUCCUGGGGGGAAAGCAUCGUGCUGAAUUCUAGAUGUAUUCAUCACGAUGGGCUAACUGACCUGCCUUUUCAUCCUGUGAUGGUCCCUUUAAGUAAUACCAUUUUUUACAUUAUUUCACUAGAUUAAAAAUACCAUAAAUAAAUAUGGAAAGCGGGUCGUUUUCCAUUCCCUCCGCUUACCCCAUUUGAUAGACGUGAAGUGUAUGUAUGGAUGUUGGACAUACAUACCGCGAUCAGAUUUGUAAAGGUUUAUUUUGUGUAUGUAGUUAAAAAUAUGUUUAUUAAGAUGGAUCCAGACUAUAUAUAUAUACUAUAUGUAUAUGUAUAAAUUCGAAAAGAUAUCCUCAUCCUAUGUAUUUUUAACCCCGCCUGCGCUAACGGGAUACGCUGGCGGAGCACCAGUGAAGGGUGAUCGAUGAGAAUGAAAACAGGCCAGUUAGACCAUCAUGAUGAAUUCAUCAGUAAUUAACCAUGAUAGUUUCCAGGGGGAACCGCGAGGAGGUCGACCUGGUUGGGUAUAUUGCUAGCAAUGGGAUUCUCAGUCUCCAUUACUAACAAUCCCUUUCCUCCGAUCGUAUUAUCGUUGUUUUUUUUAUAUUCUCUUAAUAUUUUUAAUGUUUUUUUUUUAUAAAUAUUCUGGAUCCGUCUAUAAUAUUGUAAACAAUGUAAAAGCAGGGUUCACGCUGUAUGCGCAGCUUGUAUGCAGUUAAGAAAUUGUCAAGGGCUGAUAUUAUAUAUAUAUAUAUAAUUAGAAAUAUAAACCAUCUAUUACA